UCGGAGAGAAAUUGAAUACAUGUAGAACAUAUAUAUAUAUUUAGAUAUAUAUAUUUUCCCAGCGCGUGUGUGUGUGCGUGUGUGUGCGCGUGUGUGUGCGUGUGUGUGUAUGUGUGUGUGUGUGGUGGUGGUGUUGGUGGGGGGGGACACCCGCAAAACGGAUACCUCAAAAAGGAAGGAUGUGAAAAAGGAUGGAGGGACGCAGGAAAAGAGGGGGGAAAGGCUGGUGAAAAACAGCGCCCUCUCUUAGUGCGAUAUAUAUCUGCCGCCCCCCCCUCGGCAGGUUGCCAUGGUCGCCAUACCUACUCUCUCUCUCCUAUUGGUCCUGGCAGAGUGGGCAGGUCUGGUGGACGCUUCCCCCCACCUCCUGCUCCGGCCCAGUCCGCGGGAGCGUGAUGCGGGGGCCAUGAUGAACUUCAACAUCGCCGUGAUCCACGCCGGUGCUACGGUGCAGGCCGAGGCAGCGGUGGCGGGGCCUGGGGGAAGGGUGCUCUACCCUGGCUUCGGCCGGGUUUACGGCUCCCUGGGGGAGAGCGUGGUCACCCAGUGGGGCUCUGCUAACGUCAUCUGGCUACAGGUGAACGACAGCAGUCCUAAGACGGUGCUGUCCCAGCUGUGUGAGCUGCUGGCGGCGCGGCCCCUGCAGGGACUGGUCUAUGAAGAGGAGAGGCCCCCUCGCACGGCCUGGGGUCCUUUGGCCCCCAUGCUGGAGUUUGUCUCUGCGCAAACAGGACUGCCCAUAGUGGCUGUAGGAGGGGGAGCGGGGCUGGGGAGGAUGCCACAGGAAUCAGGUUCCAUCUUUCUCCAGUUCAGCUCCUCUACUGCCCUCCAAUUAGAGGUCAUCUUUGAGGUGCUGGAGGAGUACGACUGGACGUCCUUUUCCGUGGUGUGCACGCGUCACCAUGGCUACCAGGACUUCCUGUCUGUGGUGGAGGGCCUGACGGACGGCUCGUUCAUCGGCUGGGAGAAGAAGAGCGUGGUGAUCCUGAACGUGACCGACGACCCCGGGGGGGCACGCACGCGCAGGCUGCUGAAGGAGAACGAGGCGCAGGUCCGUUUGCUGUACUGCUCCCAGGAGGAGGCCGAGAUGGUUUUCAAGGCCGCCUGGGCCGCCGGUCAGGCUGGAGCCUCGCACAUGUGGUUCGCCGUGGGGCCCGCUCUCUCAGGUCUGAGCAUGGAUAGCCUGCCCCGGGCUCUGUUCGCAGUGCGGCCCCAGGGCUGGAGGGACGAGCCUCGCCGGAGGAUCGCUCGGGGAGUAUCUGUGCUGACUCACGGAGCGGUGGCCAUGCGCAAGGAUUACGGAACCACGGGCGGGCCCAACUUUGUCACCAACUGCAUGACGGACGCCAAUCAGACCCAGAGACUGCGGGGCAGGAUGAGGUAUUUCGGCAACAUCACGCUUGGUGGUCGAGACUAUUCCUUUAAUAGUGACGGUUACCUGGCCAACCCCUUCCUGGAUGUAAUUUCCUGGACACCUGGACGUGGAUGGGAAGAUGUAGGCUGGUGGGAGAAUGGCGUGCUGAGGCUUCGGUACCCAGCCUGGUCUCGCUACGGGCCAUUCCUUAAACCACCUGAUGAUGCCCAGCACCUGCGCGUUGUCACGCUGGAGGAAAGGCCAUUUGUCAUUGUGGAGCUGGCAGACGCCGCGUCCGGGACCUGCAUCCGCGACUCAGUGCCCUGCAGGCGACCCCUUAAUGCCAGUGCCAUCCACGAGGGCGUGGCUCCCAUGAAGCAGUGCUGCAAGGGCUUCUGCAUCGACAUCCUCAAGAGAUUGGCCAAGAUUGUCGGCUUCACCUAUGACCUUUACUUAGUGACCAAUGGGAAACACGGGAAGAAAAUUGAUGGGGUUUGGAACGGCAUGAUUGGAGAGGUGGUGUACAAGCGAGCCGACAUGGCCAUCGGCUCGCUGACUAUCAAUGAGGAGAGGUCAGAGGUCGUGGAUUUCUCUGUCCCUUUUGUGGAGACGGGGAUCAGUGUCAUGGUCUCCCGUAGCAACGGAACAGUAUCACCAUCCGCUUUCUUAGAGCCCUACAGUCCCGCGGUGUGGGUGAUGAUGUUCGUCAUGUGCCUGACCGUAGUGGCUGUGACCGUCUUCAUUUUUGAGUUCUUCAGCCCCGUGGGCUACAACCGCAGCCUCGCAAACGGCAAGAAGGCUGGAGGGUCUACUUUUACUAUAGGAAAGUCUGUUUGGCUUUUGUGGGCUAUUGUCUUCAACAAUUCCGUGCCAGUGGAGAACCCCAGAGGAACCACCAGCAAGAUCAUGGUGCUGAUCUGGGCCUUCUUCGCUGUCAUCUUCCUGGCCUCCUACACGGCUAACCUGGCCGCCUUCAUGAUCCAGGAGGAGUACAUUGACACGGUGUCAGGCCUCUCGGACAAGAAGUUUCAGCAUCCCGAGGAGCAGUACCCACCUCUGAAGUUUGGCACGGUGCCCAACGGGAGCACAGAAAAAAACAUCCGCUCCAACUACCCAGGCAUGCACCAGUACAUGGGCAAAUACAACCAGAGAGGAGUGGAAGACGCCAUACUGAACCUCAAGACCGGGAAACUGGAUGCUUUUAUUUAUGAUGCUGCAGUAUUGAACUAUAUGGCCAGGAAGGACGAAGGUUGUAAGGUGAUGACCAUAGGCUCGGGGAAGGUUUUUGCCACCACAGGCUACGGUAUCGCCCUGCACAAAAACUCACGCUGGAAACGUCCUCUUGACCUGGCCCUACUGCAGCUGGUGGGAGAUGAUGAGAUUGAGAUGCUGGAGCGCCUCUGGCUGUCCGGUAUCUGCCAUAAUGACAAAAUUGAGGUGAUGAGCAGUAAACUGGAUAUUGACAACAUGGCCGGGGUCUUCUACAUGCUGCUGGUGGCCAUGGGCCUCAGUCUGCUGGUGUUUGCCUGGGAACACUUGGUCUACUGGAAGCUUCGACACUGCAUGGCCACCAGUUCUGGCAAAUUGGACUUUCUCCUCGCAAUCAGCAGGGGCAUGUAUAGCUGCUGUAGCUUUGAGGAUGAAACAAAGCCAGGUGGAGCUAAGACCUUGUCCACUCAUCACCACACUGCGAUGGUUACGGUCCCGUCACAGCCACAUGUUGUCUCGACGUCUAUGACCAAUCCAGUCAUUGCGAUGGCGCAACAGCAGCAACCACCGCAACAGCAGCAACCGCAGCCCGUCUACAAAACACCUCUACCGGGCUCUCCUCCCACCGUGGUGCAUUCUGGGACAGCACUGGGUCCCUCGAACACCCCCAUUGCUGGUGCACCCCUCCCUUGCUCCACCUUCCUGCCCCGGCCAGACCGCAGACUGGCUGUGGUGGAUCGCUGGAGGCUGCCCAAAACAGCUACAGCCACCAACCCACUGGCUGUAAGGGGGGCCAUCACUGACAUGGGACCCUUUGCUCAGAAAGUCCCACCAAACUGGGCUUCAACUGCUGGAGGGGGUGGGGGACUUGAUGGCUAUAAGAGAUACUAUGGUCCCAUUGACCCUGAGGGACUGGGGCCCUGCAUGGAGCAGCAGGCAGGGUCCCAGACCCCCAAGACUAUGCCCAGGGGCCACCCCCAGCCCCCUCCAGCCAGUGUGGCCUUCUAUUCAGAGAAGGGCAUGGACCACGGGGUGGGGAAGAGGGUGGUGGGAGGUGGCAGCGGAGGUCAGGGGAAGGGGGCCGUUAAACCUCUGGGCACUCCCAGAUUGCCUUCUAAGAGUCAGGCCCCUCUGCCUCCUACACCCCCGCUGCCACACCCCUCUCCCCCUCUCCCCUCAUCCUUCUGGAGGAAGCGUAGGCCUAAGAAGCCCAAAGAGCCUGGAGGGCCACUGUAUGAGAACAUUCUACCACUGGGGCGGAGGGGAGAGGCACGAGACGGAGUGAGGGAGGGAGGAGGGAGGAGGGCACGCCCCCUCUCUCCCCCGCUCUCACUUCCUGUGCCCGUACCCCUCAGCCCCUCUUACACCCCUCCUUCGCCCUCCGCAUCUUUGCACUAUACAUCCUCCUCGUCUUCGUCAACCACCUCGUCUACAUCCACGUCCUCAUCUGGCUCAUCUUCGCGCUCCACCUCUCCCACCUACUCUUACAGCUCCUCCAGGAGCACACGGGACAGGACUGGAGGAAUAGACGGAGAGGAUGACGAUGACGACGAGGAGCUGACCGAAGAGUCGAGCCUCCUCCUUGGCAGGGGGAGGGAGAGGGAACGCUCAAUCAUCCGACCUCGUUCCUUCAGCCACGGGCGCCUGCCACCACCCAUACCCCCCAGGAAACCACGCACAUCCUGGGGUGACAGAGAAAGGGAACGGGAGAGGGAGAGAGGGGGAAGCCAACUGUCUCAGCUCCAAGAGUGGUGGGCAAGCUGGAGUGAGAGAGAGAGGAGUGGAGCGGGUGGAGAUCCUGAGAGGCAAAAAAGGGAAAAGAAGAGGAGAAAAGAGAAGGAGAAAGAGAAGAAGAAGAAGAAAAAGAACAAAAAGAGGAAAAAGAGGGAAGAAAGGGAAAGAGAGCGAGAGAGAGAAAGGAAGCGGCGAAAGGUGAAAAAGAAGAAGAAAAAGGAGCUGAAGACAAAGAAAAGGAAGAAAUCAAUUGGGGGAAGACGCUCCGAGCCAGAGGAGGGAGAUGUAGAGCCAGAGAGGGAAGGGGAGGCAGAAGGAGAGAGGGAAGGAGGAAUACAAGACUACUCCUCCUUCUCUGCCCAGUAUCGGAGCACAUUUGGGGAGAAGGGACGGGAUUCGUGGGAAGGAGAUAGGGAGAGAGGUAGGAGAGAAGGAGGAGAUGAGGGCAAUGAAAGGGAACAGGAGGACAGCAGCAGAAGCAGGGAGAGGCGUCCCAAAUCCUCACGCUCUCAUUCCAGACAUCGUAUCCCCAAUAAGCGCUACCCCAACCUCAACAAACUCCCCGCAUCAGUCAAAUUUUGGGUGAAUGGAAGAGGAGAUGAUUCUAAUACUCCUCCAACAUCCCUCCAUCCACUCCUCCCAUCCUCCAAGCGGAGGAGAAGUGGAGGGAUGGAAAGAGACGACAGCGGUAGAGUCGGAGAGCGACGUCCCUUGUUAAUGCAUUAUGAGAAAGAUAAAGCACAGACGAGAGAAGGGCUUUCCUUCCCCGAGUGGGACUCUGAGGAUGACGAGGAUGAUGAGGAUGAGGAAGAGGAGGAGAGAGGGAGGGAGCGGGUGGGGGGGAGGCGAAGGAGAGCAGGUAGGGGGGCAGUGUCUGAGUCAGAGAGGGACAGGGCCAGGGCUGAGGACAGUUAUUCAGAUGAGGGCUCGUCAGGGGAGUUUGGCCGUUUUGAAAGAUACUGGGAAGGGGGGCCAGGGGGAGGCAGCUCGGGAAUAGGAGGCAUAGGUGGAGGAGGCUGGUUCUUUGGCACCUACCCCUCCAGAGAGAAAGGGGGCAGUGUUAACAGUCGGGAUGAUUCCUUACUAGGAACUCGAGCAGAGGGAUGGAUUGGUGCUGAUUUCUGGGGUUCAGGGCCAGGAGUAGGUUGGGGCUCAGGGGGAGGGAGUGGAGGGCUCGGCUCACAGUGGCCGCCGCCCCCCGCGGCCUUCCCUCCACCUCGGAGAUACUGGUCUAUGGACAAGAUCCCUGUGAAGGGAGAGAGAAAGUGGAAGAGUGGAGGAGGGAAGAGCAAGGGGCGAGCUAGGGACAGAGGGGAUGAAGCAGGACGGGCCACCAUGUGUUCCUGUAGCCUUUACCCCCAACCCCAUCCUUACCCACACCCCCACAGCCGCUCGCACGCCUCCCACUCCAAGAGAGGAGCCACGGCGCUUUCCCACAGCCAGGAAGAGCUUCUCCCCCACUGCCACAGCUUCAGCGGGGGUUCCCGCCCCAAGCCUCUGCCCCCAAAACCAGAUCCCAGUCAGGCCAAAUCAGGCAGCCAAUCUAACCUCAGCCUCAGCACACAGCCCACAGACCAUCCACCUCAGCCGUCACCAUCGCCACCCCAGCCGUCCAUGUCUCCCACCUCCCUCCCGAUGCCCAUCCCGCCUCCACCCUCCACAUCCUCUGUCUCACCACCAGCAGGGGUAGGGAUGGUCGGCCAGGGCCAGGCUCAGGCCUCGGCCAGUGCCAAACUCCAGUAUCAGAGACUGCGCUCGGUGCCACAGCCACGGAGGUUCUACUCCCCCCACCUGCCGCUCAAAGCCAAGAGCCUGUGCUCACGCCGAGGGUCGGCCCACUUCUCCAGCCUGGAGAGCGAGGUAUGACAGGGGGAGAGGAGAGAGGGAGACGUGGGAGCGAGCACCUCUGCUGUUGAGAACCGUGGUGCCACGGCAGCUGCAGCCAGGGAUGACACCAGAGAUAUGGCUGCCUUGGUGACCAUAGGUGAUCAAUUAGCGACCAUCACUGCGGGAACUAAUAUAGACAGUAGUUCUACUGCUGGCACUACUCUGUGUGAGAGCAACGCCGCCGCCACCCGCUCCAUCGUACGCGUUCUCGUGAGGGCGACAGUGAGACGCCACACAAGGGUGAGCUACAUCCGUUUGGAUGGUUCCCACGACGACGAGAGCGAAGGCGAGACUGCAUCACCGGGGACGGCAGCUCCCGAACUUCUCCUCCGCUCAGAAUUGAGCUUUGUGAUGUCAUCCUCGGUUCUCCUCCCCUCCCCGAGUCACAACUACGGAUAAGAGUAGUCUCCAACUUGUGAGUAAUGAUGUCAUAUUUGUACACACAAACACACACACAUGCACGAGCACACACGUACACACAGAUAUAUGCUCAAAACGUCUCCCUCCCUCUGGCUAUGAGAACACACCUCGGUGGGAUGUGGAGAGACCCACUCUCUCCCAAAAGAUGCCAGUGUUUGGUCAAUAGACUCUGGCUCCCUGUCCUCAUUGGCUGUUUGCUUUUGAACCGGAUUGGUGGACUGCUUCUUGGCGUUGGAGAGACUGCCCCCUCUUCUUCCCUUUUGUAAAUCAGUUGAUAUGAAAAGCAAUGCAGUCAGCUCUCUCAUGCACUCUGUCUGCCUGAUCACCUUUCACCGGGCAGUGAGGACAGUGCUAUUUGUUUGCCCUUUGACCUCCUUUGACACCAUCAGACCCAUCUAGCUCUACCCCAGGACCAUCCACGUGAUGUCAUGUUUUACUAGAAAACUCUUUUAACCAAUCAGAUUGAACAGGAACCUCCUUCUCCUCCUCCCUGUCGGAGCUUGUCAUGUCACCUCUGGUCCAGCCAGAGCUCGAACACAGUUGAGCAUCAAAAGUAUUUGAACAACAAAACUGAACUUUAAAAAGAGAAAUAACAAUAAGAACAAAAAAGACAUGUAGCAGAUUUUCUUUUACGUCUGUCUUUUCUUUUCUUUCUUACUCAGACUUUUCUCCCCCAUGCCCUCUUUUUUAUUCUCUCAAUAUAUUUCUCUCACUGUGUUAUUAGUGUUUUAAUAAAGAGGAGGCUGGAUGUGGCUAGUGUUGGAAGUGGGAAUGAUUCAAUAGCAGUGCCAAAUUUCCACUCGACAGCUUUUUAAGCGAGAUUGGUUUCCAAGUAAUUUGUUUUCAUAGAGAAAGCACCAUCUUUUCUUUCCACAUGUGAACAUAAUUCACCAUCAUGUAAGUGGAUCAAGGGGAUGAUUGGUGCAAUAUCUGUAAUUGGCACUAGAUGGCUGCAUAAUAUUCAAAUAAGCUUUGGAGACAAUUGUGCAAGAGGCUGGUGGUUAAGUUUAAUAAUUGUAGCUACGAGAUACUGAGGAAGGGGUGUGCAGCUAUGAACUUUAUUAUUUUUAUGAAAGUGGCCGUCAGGAUUUAUUCAGAGGAAGAAUUGAAAUCAAGUGCAGCGCGUUGUAAAAGCUCUCUUAGGAUAUUAUUGUAUUUCACUACUACAGUAUACUGUACCUUGGCUGAGAUUGUAGAUUAAGGAUUAUAUGAAGCACAACUUUCAUUGUAUUUUUCAGACACGCGUGCCACAGUUGUAACUGCACAAUCUAUAGGUACACUUGAUGUUAACUAAUGUUGCUAUUGUGGACAAUAAAAUUCACUGUUACCAAGGUUCAAAUAACAAAGUACCACAGAUACUUGUGCUGAGGAAAUGUUCUCUUACUUUGACUAUUUCCUUUUCAGAAAAUAAGACUGAACGAUGAUACUGUGAAUGUUUAGAUUUGAGGUGCAUAUACAAUAGCUGAGACUUCACUGAAUGCAGUCAGUAAUAACUCCACGAUUAUCAGACGACUGUUUGACUUUGAGCAAUAUUCCCACCUUCAAUGUGACAGCGAUGCAAUGGCACUUCUGUUUGCAUCUGAGACAUUGUAAUUGUUUUUUUCCUCAUUUUGUUUCAGCCAGAGUCAGAUGUUCCACACCUUCACUGAUUUUCUAAUCUAAUUUGGUCAGAUGUGAUCGUAAUAAAUGAGUUAAAGUCCACAGCACCUGGCUCUGGCUGACCAAUAUGAAUACGAAAUGCUAUGUGUUCAAAGGGAGAGUAGUGUGAACUGUAGCAUUGUACCUUCUGUGAGAAGCCAUCUACUGUGUAACCUGUGCCAAUGUUGCCAACAUUGUAAUGCAUUCGCUCCAUUUUCACGAGGUCAACAUGUCCACCUCAUUUCUCACACUAAGACCAGCCACAGCCCAGCUCUUCUUCUAUUGUAGUUGAAUGUAGCUUUGACAUGAUGUAGCAAAAGAACACCUACUUUUAGACUUCGUAGCUUUUUGGAUGCUGUUGAUAAUGGCUUGAAGGAAGGGGGUUGGGGGAGGGGGGGUGUUGACCUGCUAUGCGAGGGACUGUGCGUUGUGUUUGUGCAUGUCGUCACAGAUCGAAGGGUUAGUUGACCUUCUCAAUUCCCCUUUUUGCCUCUCAAUGAGGGCAGACUGUACCUUUUUAUCUGCACAUGGAUUGCUUUGUUUUCUAGGUCUGCGUGGGGCAAUUUCUUUUUUUUCAAUCUUUGUUUUUAGGGAAAUGCUUUUGCCGUUCCCCGUCCUUUUGGAAAGCCCCAGAAUCAUUGCAUGUUUAGCUGAAUGAAAUCAAAGAGAUUUGUGGUGGGAGGGUUGUGUCGCUCAAUUGUAGCAAAUGCUUAGGACCCAGGGCAGCCACCUUUCAGCGAGGUAGCACGCUCGCUCUACUCUGCACCAGAACAGUGGAAACCACGGCAACAGUUUGACUGCUUCCUGUGUAGUAGAACAAAGUCAUUUUCACCCAAUCAACAGGGCUUAAACCUGGUAUGUCAUUGAGCAUUAUUGAUUUCUAUUGAGGCGCUAAUACUUAAGUCUGUGACUGCAUGAACAGAAGUGACUCUUAAAAAACCCUCUGGCUUAUUUUUGUUUUUAUUUAUUUUUUAUUUUACGCUGAUAAAAAAAGAAUAUAUUAAAAUAUACUAUGUUUUUGAGAAUGUACCAUGUUAUACUGUGAUUUAACUGAGAUAUUUUAUUGUAUUCAAUUUAUCAUUUGAAUUCUAUCAUUUAUCUAUAAAGAAAUAUAUAUGUACAAAUAAAUAUAUACAUAUAUAUACAUACAGGUAUAUAUAUAUAUUAGUUAAGUUUGGUAUAUUUGGAGGAAGUGUUAGAUGAAAUAGUUUUAAAUGUUUUAGCUUUGUAGCGAUUCUAGACACUGAAAUCAUUUUUGAAUUUCGAUUCCUCCUAUAUGACUGUGAAGACAUUAGUGCCUGUGACAAAAAAGACAAGUAAAAGUCUAAACUCUCUAUUCAUCUGUAUCUACUAUAGCUAUCAGUCUGUCACUCCUCUCGUACUACCUAACAUUACGUUUUGACACAUCAGUAUGUUUCUCUCACACAGUCUGCUGUCUCUUUUGCUUUCUCGUCUGCCGUUCGUUCUCCUGGUUUUCAUUAACAAGCUAUGAGCAUCCUCCACCUCUCCUCUUUUUAAAGUUUUAUCAUACGCCGAUCACAUCACUUUAAUUAACCCACCCAUUGACCUUUUGCUUUCCUCCUUUGAUCACUUUCUUUUUCAAUCAGCUCAUCCCUCUGUCCGUCUCUCACUUAGCAAAAAACAGAGACCAGUAGAUACUGUGUUCUUGCUCCUUUUGACUGAUUGUUGAUGAUGCUGAUCAAUUAAUUGAUUGAUGAAAUAACUAAUGAACAAUGUUACUAUUACUGAUGUGACUGAAGUGUGUAUCUGACGACCAUGCCACUGUAGCAAGUCUGGGCUGUACCACACCACCAGCGAGCAAAUGAGGCCACAGUUGCUAUGGCGUUGCCAUGGCAUUUUCAUGGCGUUGCCAUGGUGUCCUCUGCACCGCCACCACCUGGUGCCUGCUGGGUAAUAUAGCAUAAUGUCCUUCACUUUCCCCCCAAAGCACUGGUCAAAACCUGCUACGUUCCCCCUCUGCUCAGUUCGGACCUUAAUCAGUGGAAGGUGAAAUAUUCAAACGCUCACUUUGGAAGAGAGCUGAGGGGCGGCGUGGUGGCGAAGUGUCUGCUGUCUAUGCUGAUCUAGACUGGACUGGUUUGGCUUGAAGUGGCUAUGAUAAAGCGUUGAUAUCAUGUUGAUCGCCUAAUCUUUAAAUCAUCAGUUUGUGCUGCCCUGCAUGUAAUCCCAAAAAGCUCCAUAUCACUGAUAGCCUCAAACCAGUCAGGACACAAGUGUGUUUCUGUGUAUUUCUACUAUUGAAUGUGUGUGUUUUACAUUGAGAGGGUACAUGCCAUUUUCCGUGUGUAUUGCAUGUGCGCCAAUCAUUCGUAGAAGCCCACUGCAGCAUGAUUUUGUAGUACUCUCCUUCCCUCUUCCUCUGUUUUUCCUCUCCUGCUAUUUCUGAGAAACACACACACACACACUUUGCUGUGCAUGCAUAUUUAACACACAAUGCGUACAUCACUCAGCCAAUGAUCCUCAUCUUCCUCUAGCCCUCGCUAAGCUGCAAUCUAAAGCAUCGCCUCAAGUAGUCCGAUCAUCCAACACGGGCAUGUGUGGCUUCAAAAUGCAAGCCACGCACACACCAUAGCUCUUCUAAUUUCUUCAGUCUUUUGUAUAAAAUUUGGUUCCCAGAUUUGGUUAGCGAGGAAGUUAAGCACAUUCACUGUUCUGCCUGUUUUGAGCCGUCUGUCUCUUGAGUUUGCCGUAUAGUCCUGCACUCUGCUUUGCACUGUCCUGCCCGUUCUGAUCCAUCAAUUCCCGUUUAGAGUAGUCGGGUUCAAUUUGUUUUACUUCGCCGACUUGCUCCUCUUUUGAUUUACCUUGUUGUCCUUAUCUGCUUUGAUUUAUCAGAUUUACUGUACUGUCUGGGUCAGAUUGUAUGUGUUGAACAGUCCAGUCCAGCCUAGUGCAGUGUGCUCCAGGCCGGUGUAGUGCCUGAGUUUGUAAGAGAUCCUGGUGCAGCCUCAAGCUCGUCCCCUCUCUCUAUAUUGGCCCGUUACCUGGGAAGCAAUACGUGUGGUGCUCCAGAAUUCAAACAGGGUCUUCAUUGGCUGUAUCGGCCGUGAAUUAUAUCAAGGAAACACAGGAGUGCCACACGUUGUACUCACCAGGUCUAGGGUCCGCAUGUUGCACCAUGAAAAAGCUCAUCCCACCACAGUGACAGGGCACAUAUACCCACAGAAACCAGUGUGUGUGUGUGUGUUUUCAGCAUUGUACAAGGCCCAGUUCUGCUCUAGUAACCUCGCCGACACUACAGGCCUACUUAUGGGUUGCUAAGGCGGGUUGCUAGUAGGGUGAUGUUGCUCCUAGCCCAGACUGGUCUGGUCUAUGCCCUAAUUUAAAUGUGUUAGUUAAUUUGACAUUGUCUGUCUGGGGUGGGGCUGGAGGGUCAGUGCUGCACUUACUUCCUGAGAAUUGCUUCAUAAAAUAUGAUUCUCUUUAAUUAA